GAAGUUUAAAAUAAUAUCUUUAAAUACGAAAUAAAUAUAAUUUGACUUGUCACUUGACCAUUGACUUAUCAAGUUUUUGCAAUUACAGCAAUAGUUAUUUAAGUUUAUUAGUGAGCAAUUAAAUCGGUUCAUCAAUAAAAUUAUUACAUUCGGACUAAUAUGGCUAAGUUAGAGUUACUACAAUCUAUAAAUGCCCACAAGGGCAUUGUGUGGAAUGUCUCAUGGCAUCCAAAUGGAAAUAUAUUUGCCUCAUGUGGAGAGGAUAAAGUUAUUAACUUAUGGAGCAAGGAAAAUCAAGGGUGGGCUGUGAAGACUAUGUUAGUGGAUGGUCACCAAAGGACUAUAAGAGAAGUUGCGUGGUCUCCUUGUGGAAAUUUUUUAGCAUCUGCUAGUUUUGAUGGCACUACAGCUAUAUGGGAUAAAAAGAGUGGUCAAUUUGAAUGCAAUGCUACAUUGGAGGGACAUGAAAAUGAAGUAAAAAGUGUAGCAUGGUCACCUUCUGGGCAGUUGCUGGCUACCUGCGGUAGAGAUAAAUCAGUAUGGGUCUGGGAAGUGGCUGGUGAUGAUGAGUAUGUUUGUGAAGCAGUACUUAAUGCUCACAAUCAAGAUGUGAAAAAAGUUGUAUGGCACCCAUCUCUUGAAGUAUUGGCAUCUGCUUCUUAUGACAAUACAGUCAAAAUAUAUAAAGAGGAUCAAUUGGACAGUGACUGGAAUUGUGUAGCAACUCUAGAGUCGCAUGAGACUACUGUAUGGAGUUUAACUUUUGAUAAAACAGGAGAGAGAUUAGCCACAUGCAGUGCUGAUAACACUGUCAAAAUAUGGAAGGAAUAUAAACCUAAUAAUGAGCUAGGUGUUAGUGUUUCUAAAGAGUCAUCUUGGAAAUGUAUUUGUACAUUAUCUGGUUACCACACACGAACAAUAUAUGAUAUAGCUUGGUGUCAUCAUUCUGGUCUAAUAGCUACUGCAAGUGGUGAUGAUAUUAUCAGAAUAUUUAAAGAGGCUGAAGAUUCCGAUCAAGAUGCACCAACAUUUGAUUUAAUUUGUAAGAAAUAUGAUGCACAUUCCCAAGAUGUUAACUGUGUCAAGUGGAAUCCAACAGCUAACAAUGAACUAGUGUCCUGCAGUGAUGAUGGACAAAUUAAAAUUUGGAAGUUUCUGGAUGAAUAACUAAAGUGAUAGCAUAUAUAAUUAGUAAAUAAGCAUAAUUAAACAUAUAUAUUUAAUGCUGUAUAUUUUAUUUGACUUUUUUUGUACAGAAUAAAGUACUUAUAGUUGUGG